CCAAAAAAGUCAAGCUAAUCUUUUACUUAGUAAAAUAUUUUACGCUUCAAUUAUUACUUCACCAGGAUAUUCUCAACAGGAUGGCAGAGAGUAAGCGGAGCCCAGAGGAGAGGCGCAGCCGCAAGAUGCUGAAGAGCGAGACCCAGUUGGUCAUGGAGGCCUUCCUGAGGAGGGUGCAGAAUGAGGGCGCCUCUGUCGGCCACAUUGGCCGUUGCUACCACGACUCAAGGAAGUUCAAAGCCAAGACUCCCGACAGCCAGGAUGGCAACAUUAUUUACCCGAUCAGGCAGAAGAAGUCGUCCCACAAAGGGAGCUUGGAGCGAGAAGACGAGGAGAAAGGGAGGAGCGUGAAGCAUUUGCAAGAACAUGAGGACGCUGGUUGGGGCACGUCAGACGAGGAGAUCUGCCAGGCGGAGGAGAAGAAGCACGGCUUCAAGACGGCCAUCAAGAAACUGAUUAAACGGCAGAAAUCGAAGAAGGGGAGCGAAAAGACCAAGGUUUCUCAGGAGUUCCUUGAUGGCGAUCGGACUGUGGAAAAGAGCAGCAGAUCGAACUCCAAGGCCAAUUCCUUAAAGAGGCAGAAAAGCAUCAGGCCCUCGAUCGACUACCUCGUGGAGCGGUCGGAUCCUCUCCCCAGUGACACGGAGGACAUCAGCAAACAGAAGAAGAGUGGACAACAGAAGUUUUUGAAUUUUUUUCGGAAGGGGACGAAGAAGAGCGACAAGAAAAGCCAGACGUCUCCACCUAAGUCCCCAAGGCCCACAACACUGGCCCUAAAUCUCCCCACUCCAGACUUAGAACCUUUGGAAUUCUACUCGGAAGUGGCAAAGAAGUUGGACCAGUUGGCGCAAGAGUACUGCUCCCACACGGGGGGUGAUCAACAAACUCCAGUCAUCCCGCAAGCACCGAGCCAAGGAAUCAUCGACCCGCAGACUCUCAAGGAGAAGGAGAUCGGGAGGAUCGUAAUGAUGCUACAGGAACAAGGAGACGAGAUCAACGAAAAGAUGAAGGACGAUCCUCUGCUGCAGCGCCACAUGUCCUAUCACAGCUUCAGGCGGCUGAUUGAGGUCUUCACGGCCAGCGUGGAAGGGCAGAUCAUGGACCCCGCCACGAGCCCCGAGCUGACGAAGAUCGUGCUGACCAUGGAGCUCACCCGGAGAGUGGCCGGCAUCAGCAGUCACCCUGUACAGCAGCUGAUGGGUUACAGCAUGGACUACAUGGACAUGUUUGUCCCCUGGCUGCAGCAGCAAGGAGGAUGGGAGACAGUGCUGCACUCCGACGAUGUGUCAGAACACCAAAUAGACUGACCUCCGUGAAACCCAGGGAAUGAAGAUGAAACUCAGGCGAUCCUUUAGCAAGGGAAAAUUCCCCUCUCGGCUAUUUGGACAAAGAACACAAACUACCUUCUUAAAGAUAUAUAUAAAAUGUCGAAAAUGUUCAACGAGGUUUCGGCCACCAAACAAGCGAGCAGGUUAAAGCCACAUUAAGGAUAGGUGACACCCUAGUCCAAUAAGGUAGGGGGAUACAACUCCGCGUGUGGUUGUCUACAGAAACUCCUGGCAAAACAUGCGUUCGGUCACGCUACGGUGGCGAUGGCUAGAUUGCCCUCGUAAGCUGUGGCAGUCUAUGCUGAAGAAGGGUCUCGACCCGAAACGUCACCCAUUCCUUCACUCCGGAGACGCUGCCUGUCCUGCUGAGUUACUCCAGCAUUUUGUGGCUGUAAUCCAGAAAAACUGGCAGUCGACACUGCUAAAGACAAAGGGUACCUGACUUAAAGGAUUUCACUGUAAUUUCUGAAUGUAAAAACCAUGCAGAAUGCAAAUGUUGCCCUAAAGACUGUUGCAUUAAUAUAGGGAGAAUAAAUCAGGUUUGCAAUAUGAAAGAUGGAGGAGACAAAGGGAAAAAUAUACCUGCCGGACCUUAUUCAGAAAUCAACCUCGUUCUCAGCUAUAGGUUAAAUGACGGGUGUGUAAAUGAAAAGGGAUCUGCAGGUUUUAGCUUUCAGUCUGUGAUGUGACUAAAGUGUGUGUGAGUGCGCGCGCGUCUGUCUCAGUGUCUACAUGUGUGUGUGUGUGUGUGUGUGUCUGUCUGUCUCUGUGUCUGGCUGUCUGUCUGUGGCUGUGUGUGUGCGUCUGUCUCUGUGUCUGGCU